AUUAUGUUUCGCAAAGGACGCGGCCUUUUCGAACUUAAAGAAAAUGAAGUGCAACAGAUUUUGAUGGCUGAUAACAGUGACGAAGAGGACAAUUUACUGCUUGACGAAGAGGAUCAAAGGCUUUUGACUCAGGAUGAUGAUCAAGGGAUUGUGGACGUGGAAAUUGACGGUACGAUAACUGAACAUACUGACUCAACAAGACCUGAGCCUUCCACAUCAGCACCUGUAAACGAAGCACAGCAUCAACCCGUCUUCAAGUGGAAUUCGAGAACAUACGCACCAAAUGUUUUUCGUGAUGUGGAAUACGACUUCGGGAAAGUGCAAAUCUGUCAAGAAGCUGAAAAUGGACUAUUGACUCCCUUUGAUAUAUUUUGUUCAGCGACAAAUUUUGAUAAUUUAGUGCAAUAUAUAGUAUCGGAGUCAAUACGAUAUGCUCAUCAAAAUGGACGGGAGUUUACUAUUGAUCUCGAAGAAAUGAAAGCAUUUCUUGGGAUGAAUGUAGUCAUGGGCUAUCAUAUCUUGCCAUCAUUGAGGGACUACUGGUCUACAGAACCAGACAUGGCAGUACAAUUCAUAUCGAAUGUUAUGCCAAGGGCUCCAUUCGAAGACAUUCGCCGGAACCUACAUUUCUGUAACAACGAAGCGGUAAGAGACACAACUAGCUCUAAUUAUGAUAGGGCAUACAAAGUUCGGCCAAUAAUAGAGCAUUUCAAUGUAUCGUUUCAAAAUGCCCUCAAUAACACAGUAAAACAAUCAAUCGACGAGCAUAUGAUAAAAUUUAAGGGUCAUAAUGUAAUGAAGCAAUACAUAAAAAAUAAGCCUGUCAAAUGGGGCUUCAAAUUAUGGUGCCGAUGUGAUGCUGCGACCGGUUAUCUAUUUGAAUUUGAUCUAUAUACGGGCAAACGAACUUCUGGAAUCGAGUAUGGAUUAGGUGAAUCAAUAGUACUACAGCUAACGAAAAAGGUUGAAGGCUUAGGAUGUGAAAUUUAUAUGGACAACUUCUUCAAUUCACCUUUACUACAAUAUAAGCUGAUUGAUCAGAAUACUAAGGCGUGUGGAACAGUUCGAACUAACAGGAAACAACUUCCAAAAACUGCACCUGCUGACAAAACAAUGAAGCGUGGCGAUAUUUACUCAACGAGUUUCCAUGGCAUAAGUUAUGUCAAAUGGAUGGAUAAUAAAGGAGUACAUUUGUUGACCAACUUUUUGUCGCCUGUAGAAACGGACAUCGUAAAGCGCCGCAAAGCUGGUUCAGCCGACAAAAUUGAUGUCAAAUGUCCUGGGAUUGUGUCACAUUAUAAUAAAAAUAUGGGUGGAGUAGAUCUUAUGGAUCAACGUAAGGUGUGCUAUGAAAUAGAUCGAAGAUCGAAGAUAAAGUUCAUUGGUCGCCGGGAUGCCACAGAAAAUAUUCAGCGACAACGCAACCAACUUUGUCGCCGCGACCGCAAGCUGCGCGAGCUGAAGGAGGCCUUUCUAGCGCAAGCCCCAGAGCUAAUGGGAUUCGCCGCCGAGGAAGGAUUCAGCUUCGGCUUUAUACCACCCUGGGCGCCGCACUUCGCCGGAUUAUGGGAGGCGGCGGUGAAGUCCGCCAAGCAUCUGGUCGUUCGCGCACUCGGCAACGCUCUACUAAUGACGGAAGAGCUCUCAACGCUACUGGCCGAAGUGGAGGCCAUUUUGAAUUCGCGUCCCCUAGCACCAUUGGGACAGGACCCCAACGACGAGAAGCACUAA